CACAAUUGAGAGACGUGGUCUUAUACAAACGUCAGCAAGGUUUGAAAUGAUGUUUUAGUCAAAUCUGUUUGGGUUUGGUUAAUUUGCAGUCUACAAAUUAGUUGUAAUUAUUUUCCAGCCCCCGACCAUCCGCUCAACUUGAAGCCUUUGUGUAAAAACACAAAACUGACCUUAGAUCAGUGUCUGAGGGCGAGAUCCUACUAGAGCCAGUCAGCCUGAGGAGACAGGUUUUUUUCCCCACCUGUUAUGUGAGGGCGGGAUGUGGUACUUCCUCUUUAGUUCACUUUAACGUCGUGCGGACAAGGAAUCCACAAACAAACGCGCCGUCCGCAUUCAACACUCUUCAGACAUCGCAGAUAGAUUGCUGCUGGAUCCUUUUGUGGAAGUUAACAUGAGUUUUAAGCCACAUUGUUUGAAACUGAUAUUUUUAUUGGCCUGUGCCGAGCACUGUCUGUCUCAGGAAACUGAUUGAUGCUGAUGUUAUAAACCGAGGCUUCACGGGGACCGAGUCACCGGAAGGAGUGUGGGUCUCCCAGACGGCCCACAUGGUCCUGGACAGUCGUCUGACCACGGUGUUCCUCCCCAUCGUCUACAUCGUGGUGUUUGCUGUGGGGCUCCCCACCAACGCCAUGGCCAUCUGGGUCUUCCUGUUCAGGACCAAGAAGAAGCACCCUGCCGCCAUCUACAUGGCCAACCUGGCUCUGUCCGACCUGCUCUUUGUCAUCUGGACUCCCCUGAAGAUCGCCUACCACUUCAACGGCAACGACUGGAUCUAUGGUGAGGGGUUGUGUAAAGUCCUGGUGGGCUUCUUCUACGGGAACAUGUACUGCUCCAUCCUCUUCAUCACCUGUCUGAGUGUCCAGCGCUACUGGGCCAUCGUCAAACCACUCUCCCAGAAUAGGAGAAACAACGAGGUAGCCAUCGGCGUCUCUGUCGCAGUCUGGGUGGGGGUCUGGCUGAUGACCACCCCUCUCUACCUCUAUGACCAGACGGUCAUAGUGACCAACCUCAACAUCAUCACAUGCCACGACGUCACCCGACCCAGCCAGAAUAGCAUGGCCGCAGGCUACUUCCUGACCAUGGGAAUCCUGGGAUUUGUAGUUCCCACCGUGGUGUGCGUGGUGGCCUACAUUCUGAUGCUCAAGUCUCUGAGGAACUCUAUGACAGAUGCCAGCAUCACUAAGAAUCGACGCAAGGCGGUGGUGCUAAUCAUCACCGUGUUGGUCAUGUUCCUGGUCUGUUUCACCCCCAGUAACAUCAUGCUGCUGGUGCACUACUCCCUCCUGCUGGCCGGAGGCGUGAACAACGGAUACGGCUUCUACAUCUCUACCCUGUGUCUGGCCGCCCUCAACAGCUGCCUGGAUCCAUUCAUUUACUACUUCAUCUCAGAGGAGUUCAGGCAGCAUGUGAAAAACACACUGAGAUGCCGCAGUGAGAGGACGGUGGAGAGAAUGAGGGUCUCGUUCAACGCUCUGAAGUACUCCAAAAAGAGUAGCACCUACACUUCCGACUCUGGGAAAACACAGAGCAGCUCCUGUUAAUGGGGGGGGGGGGGGGGGGGUUGUCUAGUGGAGAUAGUUGGCUGUACUGAUGUUUUUCAAAGAACUGGAUGGGUGAAAGGGAAUACUGGGUUGGUGUCGAUUUACCAUGUUUCUUUUACCUGACAUCUGUUGUCAUCAGUAUCAAUGGAGACGAAGCCAUUUUAAAUGGAGAUGCAACCCCAGACUACUUCAUAUAUUAUGUGCUUAUUACAUUGCCUUCUCUCACACAUUCUUUUUUUGGUUUUGUGCAGAUUUUGUUGGUUUUAUGUAGAGGACAAAAUAGCUAAGUGUGAAGUGGCAUUGUUUUUAUUCUGUGUUUCUGAUCCAUUCCCCACAUUUAAAUAGUCUGAUGUCCAUUAAGUUUGUUCUAGCACAGCAGCUCUCUGAAACUGUAAACUUAGUUCUCAGUGCACUAUAGCACUGACCCUUCACUUCUGGUAAUGUGCACUGUUCUUUAUUAAAUGAGCCAAUCUUGACCUAAAUCAUGAAUCGAUGAUCUUUGUAGCACCUGUGCGUCCUUGUAAAUGCACAUCUGAUUGACUCAGGUUACAUGUAUAAAUAGUUUUAUUUAUUGUUCUUUAAAAACUAUAGUGUCUGUUUUCUUUUUCUGCGUGUUGCGAUGAAGUAUGUCAUGUCUUUAUUUUUUAUAAAAAAAUUAAAUUCUAUGGCCUUGGUUUUCAGUCAGCCGAGUGGCAUUUAGCAUUGGUUCCUUCUGUGGUGAGAUUGCUUGCAUGAACAAAUAGAAAGGGGAAGUCCUGAUCAUUAUCUUGAAUGCACAGCAUAGCUGCGAGAAGUGGGAUGGGGGGGGGGGGGGGGGGGGGGGCAGCUCUAUUGGCAUUUUUUUUUUGUGUGAUUUUUCAUGAUUUGCUGCAGAACCCUCAUACCCCUACCACCUGCGGCUAUGAUGCACGGUAUAGUUUUGUCCGUGACUUUAGCCUACACCCUGAGAUAUGUUGCAGAAAUGGCACUCUUCAACUUGGUUGACUCAAAUCCUAUUUAAUCAGAAUAAAGAAAUGGUGGAAUGGGUUUACUUCAAUGUGGAAAAAUUCCACAUCUAAAAAGAAUUGCCUCAGGUGACAUAGUCCAGGCAUACAUGAAAUGGGGCAUACUUCGUUGAUGCAGCAAUGCCCAAGAGAACCAAUACCAGAUCAACAUAGUUCUGAUUUAUAUAGAAAUGGGUGGUUGUAACCCUUCACUGUUUCUCAGCGAUCGUUUAUGGUAGUGUAUUCGGAACUCGAUACAAACAACCUACAUCUGUCCUUUACAAAUUGGUGUGGUCAUAUAUGUAAAUCAAACAGCAAAUGCAUAUGGUGUCUUAAAUACAAGGAGUGAAGUGUUACAACUAAACCAGACCAUGGGGUGAAUUGUAACAGACUUAAAAAAGUGCAUAUGACGUGCAACUAAUUAUUGAAUGCUUUUGAGAGCAUCGUUGCCAAGUUUACCUUUUGUUUGGCAGAAAUAAUACAUGUAUUAUUUCACUCCUAAAUGGUUCUCAACCAAACAGACUAAACUAAACACCUGAACCUGUGUGUUUGCGUGCGUGGCUGUGUGACAAUGUUGGACAUGUUCACUAAAUCAAGAGUCACAGUUGUGACAGUGACAGUAUGGCUGUCCUGGGGUACAGGCUUGGUGGGCCCAUCAGUUGUGACAGUGGUAUGUAUGGCUGUCCUGGGGUACAGGCUUGGUGGGCCCAUCAGUUGUGACAGUGGUAUGUAUGGCUGUCCUGGGGUACAGGCUUGGUGGGCCCAUCAGUUGUGACAGUGGUAUGUAUGGCUGUCCUGGGGUACAGGCUUGGUGGGCCCAUCAGUUGUGACAGUGGUAUGUAUGGCUGUCCUGGGGUACAGGCUUGGUGGGCCCAUCAGUUGUGACAGUGGUAUGUAUGGCUGUCCUGGGGUACAGGCUUGGUGGGCCCAUCAGUUGUGACAGUGGUAUGUAUGGCUGUCCUGGGGUACAGGCUUGGUGGGCCCAUCAGUUGUGACAGUGGUAUGUAUGGCUGUCCUGGGGUACAGGCUUGGUGGGCCCAUAAUUUGAUUUCCCAGCAACACCCAGACCUCCUUGGACUCGUGCACACAAUGCAGAAGUGUUCUUCAUUGGAAGAAUCUGAAUUUUCUGGUUCAAUCUGCUUUGUUUUGGCUUUUUUCUUAGGCAGGACAGUUUUUUUAAUGUGUUUCAGUGUGGUUUGUCUUGGCUUGCUUCUUUCCAGCAGUUUUUUUAGGCAGGGCAAUUACAAUUUGUGCCUUCUGAGCACUUGACCUUUUAUGCUCUUCUUCCAGUGCCUGCUUGAUGGGUGUAUCCAUCAAAAAUCACAGUUUUUCUCCUCUUCCUACCCCUUGUUGCAAUUUUCUUGGUCCCUGCUUUUGAGAAGGGGUGUAGAUCAACUGGGUUGAAAUCAAAAGAGUAAUCUUUGCAGAAUCUGUACAGCGUCACGUAACAUAUGCGCUACAAUUUUGCAACUGACCUGAUUGGCUUCCCCCCCCCCCCGCUCUGCUUUUGACGCUUUGUCCAAACUGUGGAGAGGUCUGUCUUUCUUUUCCUUUAUCCAGGAAUGCUGAAAGCAAAAUAAAACAUGUACCUAAAA